CUGUAUGUAGCAAUCGUGCACUGCAGUACCACUAGGUAUGGAGAGCGGCGCUAUUCCUGAUGGCCACAUCACUGCAUCCACUACACACCCGGAUUGUGCCACCAGCAAAGCUCGUCCUCAUUCCCUGGAGGAGAGUCUCACAAGCCAGGGAGGAUGGGCCGGAGCCUGGUGUGCCGCACACCCGCUGAACACCAACCAGUGGCUACAGGUUGACGUGGGAGCAGAGACUACUGUAGCUGGAGUUAUCACCCAGGGUAGGUCCAGCGACACUUAUCUACAAAGGGUAACCUCCUACAAACUACGCUUCAGCAGAGACGGAAGCACGUGGUCUACAUACCUGGACAAACUGGGGCGUGAGAAGGUCUUCUCUGGCAACACUGAUCAGGACACCGAAGUGCGUCACCUGUUGGACCCGCUGGUAACUGCACGUUACGUCCGGUUCUGGCCGCAGACAUGGACUGGACACAUCAGCAUGCGGGUGGAGGUCUUGGGGCAGGACUGCACCGGUGACUAGACGCAGCAUGAAGACUGGAGAUUUCCAAAGCACAGAUUUGCACAUAACAGGAUACAUGUACAU